AUGGAGGCGAGACUCUGGUCACUGGUGGCUACUGGUCUGUGGCUGGUGCUUCUGGAAGUCUCCUGUUCCAGCUUCAUGGACGGGAAAAAAUGCUACCUGGCCCACUACGGCUCCCUGGACCCCCAGGUGCUCAGAGACGUCAAGGAUCUACAAAACCGAUACGCCUGUGGACGGCUGCUGCUGCUGGAGAGGGAGCUGGCUCACGCCCAGGCCGUCCUGAGGAACCUGAGCGGCCUGGACCUGGGUCGGAACGCGACCCGGCCCCUGCAGCUGCUGGCCGCCAUCUGCGAGGACCUGGCCUCCUGUGUGCCCCCCUCGGCCCGGCAGCGGGAGAUGUCCUGGGAAGGACAUCGGGCCCGGAGGCAGCUGCGGAGUAAGGCCAAGGCCAAGAAGGAGGUCACGCCCCGCUGCCUGGAGGCGGCAGUCGUCCUCAACCUUUUCCGCCUGUUGACCCGGGACUUAAGGCCCAUCCAGAGCUACCCCGUCAUUGGCCAAGCGGGCGUCUGA